AUGGGGGCGGGGCCUCCGCGGUCUGCGCUUGGCUUCCUGUUAAGAGGCGGUGCGGCGGUAGGCGGCUGCCACUCUGCCGCGCUCCCACAUCAGCGUCCUUUGACCGAGCGCCCAGGAGACGUGAGGGGCUUAUCUUGUGCCGUCGCACCAAGCCUGGCUCUGUGCCGCCAUGGCCCCAGUGCAGCUGGAGAAUCACCAGCUGGUUCCACCCGGAGGCGGUGGCGGGGGCAGCGGAGGCUCCGCUUCAGCCCCGGCGCCGCCUCCCCCUGGAGCCGCGGUGGCGGCGGCUGUUGCGGCGGCGGCUAGCCCUGGCUACCGGCUGAGCACCCUGAUCGAAUUUCUGCUGCACCGGGCCUACUCGGAGCUCAUGGUAUUGACGGACCUACUACCAAGGAAAUCUGAUGUGGAAAGGAAAAUAGAAAUAGUGCAGUUUGCUAGCCGGACACGCCAACUCUUUGUUCGAUUAUUAGCUUUAGUAAAAUGGGCUAAUAAUGCUGGCAAAGUGGAAAAAUGUGCGAUGAUCUCAAGCUUUUUAGAUCAGCAAGCCAUCCUCUUUGUGGACACAGCUGAUCGCCUGGCCUCAUUAGCUAGAGAUGCCCUAGUCCAUGCACGCCUGCCUAGUUUUGCCAUCCCAUAUGCCAUUGACGUACUGACUACUGGGUCUUAUCCACGACUGCCCACCUGCAUUAGGGAUAAAAUUAUUCCUCCAGACCCAAUUACCAAAAUUGAGAAACAAGCCACCCUUCACCAGCUGAACCAGAUUCUUAGACAUAGGCUUGUAACCACAGAUCUUCCUCCUCAGUUAGCAAAUCUUACAGUUGCAAAUGGCCGAGUGAAGUUUCGAGUUGAAGGAGAAUUUGAAGCCACCUUGACCGUGAUGGGAGAUGAUCCUGAUGUUCCAUGGCGUCUUCUCAAGCUAGAAAUUCUAGUCGAGGAUAAGGAAACAGGAGAUGGGCGAACCUUGGUUCAUAGUAUGCAAAUCGACUUUAUCCAUCAGCUGGUGCAAUCUAGGCUUUUUGCUGAUGAGAAACCUCUUCAGGACAUGUACAACUGCCUACAUUCUUUCUGCUUAUCACUUCAGUUAGAAGUACUACACUCUCAAACUCUAAUGUUAAUCCGAGAGCGGUGGGGAGACCUUGUGCAGGUGGAAAGAUAUCAUGCUGGGAAGUGCCUCUCUCUCUCAGUUUGGAAUCAACAGGUUCUUGGGAGAAAAACUGGGACAGCAUCUGUUCACAAAGUUACAAUUAAAAUUGAUGAGAAUGAUGGCUCUAAGCCUUUACAGAUUUUUCAUGAUCCUCCUUUGCCAGGUUCUGAUUCCAAGUUAGUAGAAAGAGCCAUGAAGAUUGAUCACUUAUCAACAGAAAAACUCCUGAUUGACAGCAUCCAUGCACGAGCUCAUCAGAAACUCCAGGAACUGAAGGCCAUUCUUAGAGGUUUCAAUGCCAAUGAAAACUCUUCCAUAGAGACUGCACUUCCAGCUCUCGUUGUUCCCAUCUUGGAGCCUUGUGGUAAUUCGGAGUGUCUACACAUUUUUGUAGAUUUGCACUCUGGAAUGUUCCAAUUGAUGCUUUAUGGAAUUGACCAGGCCACACUGGAUGACAUGGAGAAGUCUGUGAAUGAUGAUAUGAAAAGGAUCGUUCCUUGGAUUCAACAACUUAAGUUUUGGCUUGGACAACAACGUUGCAAACAGUCUAUAAAACAUUUGCCUACAAUAAGCAGUGAAACAUUGCAGCUGUCCAAUUACUCUACCCAUCCUAUUGGAAGCCUUUCUAAGAAUAAGCUAUUCAUUAAACUUACCCGUCUUCCACAAUACUACAUUGUUGUGGAAAUGUUGGAGGUUCCCAAUAAACCCACCAAGCUAUUAUACAAGUACUACUUCAUGUCUGUGAAUACUGUAGAUCGUGAAGACGGCCCUGUCAUGGCACUCCAGCUACAUCAGUUCAAGAACAGCAUCCAGGAAUCGGAUUUUUGUUCAAAAAGUAGGAAGCAGCCUAGAACCGGUACCAAGCACAAGUUGUCUGAUGAUCCAUGUCCUGCAGAAUCCAAGAAAGCUAAGCCGUCAGGAGAAAUGCGUGCCUUCGAUAAAAUUCUAGCUCACUUUGUUGCUAUGUGUGAUGCAAAUAUGCCAUUUGUAGGACUUGGAUCUGAGUUGUCCAAUCUGGAGAUUCCACAUCAAGGUGUACAGGUGGAAGGUGAUGGCUUUAGCCACGCAAUUCGCUUAUUGAAAAUUCCUCCCUGUAAGGGUGUAAAUGAAGAAACCCAAAAGGCUCUGGACCGCUCUCUUCUCGAGUGCACUUUCCGACUGCAAGGUAGAAAUAACCGCACCUGGGUGGCAGAAUUAGUAUUUGCAAAUUGUCCACUUAAUGGCACUUCUACCAGGGAGCAAGGACCAUCCCGACAUGUUUAUCUGACAUAUGAAAACCUGUUAUCUGAACCUGUUGGUGGUAGAAAAGUGGUUGAAAUGUUCCUUAAUGACUGGAAUAGCAUUGCACGAUUAUAUGAGUGUGUGUUGGAAUUUGCACGUUCUCUACCAGACAUACCUGCCCAUCUAAAUAUUUUCUCAGAAGUUCGUGUUUAUAAUUACCGAAAACUUAUCUUGUGUUAUGGAACCACCAAAGGAAGCUCAAUUAGUAUCCAGUGGAAUUCCAUACAUCAGAAAUUUCACAUUUCCUUGGGAACUGUCGGCCCAAACUCAGGUUGCAGUAACUGUCACAAUACCAUUCUCCAUCAGCUUCAAGAGAUGUUCAACAAAACACCAAACGUAGUUCAGUUAUUACAGGUACUAUUUGAUACUCAGGCUCCUUUAAAUGCCAUCAACAAACUCCCCACUGUGCCAAUGUUGGGCUUGACCCAGAGAACCAACACCGCUUACCAGUGCUUCUCCAUUCUGCCACAGUCAUCCACGCACAUCAGACUGGCCUUCAGGAACAUGUACUGCAUUGAUAUAUACUGUCGGAGUCGAGGUGUUGUAGCAAUACGGGAUGGUGCCUAUAGUCUUUUUGAUAAUAGCAAGUUAGUUGAAGGUUUUUAUCCUGCACCAGGACUAAAGACAUUCCUGAAUAUGUUUGUUGACAGCAAUCAGGAUGCUCGAAGAAGGUCUGUAAACGAGGACGAUAAUCCCCCUUCUCCAAUAGGAGGGGAUAUGAUGGAUUCUUUAAUCUCACAGCUCCAGCCGCCACCCCAGCAACAGCCUUUUCCAAAGCAACCAGGAUCAUCAGGUGCUUACCCUCUUACUUCACCUCCUGCAUCUUAUCACAGCACAGUUAAUCAGUCUCCCUCUAUGAUGCACACCCAGUCUCCAGGAAAUCUGCAUGCCGCCAGCUCCCCUAGUGGGGCUUUGAGAGCCCCAUCACCAGCGUCAUUUGUUCCAACUCCUCCCCCAUCCUCACAUGGAAUCUCAAUAGGACCAGGGGCCAGUUUUGCUAGUCCACAUGGAACCCUGGACCCGAGUUCUCCAUACACUAUGGUGUCACCAAGUGGGCGAGCAGGGAACUGGCCAGGAUCUCCUCAAGUGUCUGGCCCCUCACCAGCAACACGCAUGCCUGGAAUGUCACCGGCUAACCCAUCACUACAUUCUCCAGUUCCAGAUGCUUCUCAUUCCCCUCGAGCUGGAACAAGUUCCCAAACGAUGCCAACAAACAUGCCUCCUCCUCGUAAACUACCUCAGCGCUCCUGGGCGGCCUCCAUACCUACCAUCCUCACUCACAGUGCCUUGAACAUCUUACUGUUGCCCUCUCCAACACCAGGCCUCGUGCCUGGCCUGGCAGGUAGUUACCUUUGUUCUCCGCUUGAGAGAUUCCUGGGAUCGGUCAUCAUGCGACGACACCUUCAAAGAAUUAUUCAACAAGAAACGCUACAGCUGAUAAAUUCUAAUGAACCUGGAGUUAUCAUGUUUAAGACUGAUGCGCUGAAAUGCAGAGUAGCCCUUAGUCCCAAAACCAACCAAACACUCCAGCUAAAAGUGACACCUGAAAAUGCAGGACAGUGGAAACCUGAUGAACUUCAGGUUUUGGAGAAAUUCUUUGAAACAAGAGUUGCAGGACCACCAUUUAAAGCCAAUACAUUAAUAGCCUUCACCAAGCUAUUAGGAGCUCCUACACACAUCCUCAGGGACUGUGUGCAUAUUAUGAAGCUAGAGCUGUUCCCUGACCAGGCAACACAGCUAAAAUGGAAUGUUCAGUUUUGCCUGACGAUCCCUCCCAGCGCACCGCCAAUUGCACCUCCUGGGACACCUGCUGUGGUGCUAAAAUCCAAAAUGCUAUUUUUUCUUCAACUAACUCAGAAAACAUCGGUCCCUCCCCAAGAACCUGUUAGUAUUAUAGUUCCAAUCAUUUAUGACAUGGCUUCAGGUACCACUCAGCAGGCAGACAUUCCCCGACAGCAGAACUCUUCUGUUGCUGCUCCCAUGAUGGUCAGCAACAUUCUGAAGAGGUUUGCAGAGAUGAACCCACCACGACAAGGUGAAUGCACAAUAUUUGCAGCUGUUCGUGAUUUAAUGGCUAAUCUUACACUGCCCCCUGGUGGGCGUCCAUAGACACUAUUGUUUUUAAACCAGGAAGGCUGACAAAUGAGACAAAACAACAAAAAAAAAAAUCUGAAAUCAGCCUUCAGUUUAAAAAAGAAAAAGGACUUUUUUGAUUUUAAGAGCUAAAUAUCCUAAACUGGCAGAAAUUUUCAGGGUGCACUUCUUUCAUCAAAAAGACCGUCAAUCUUUUGUAUAAUGAAUUUGUGUGUUUAAAUGGGACACAUUUCAAACUAGGAAAAACAUCAGUGUCCGCUUACCAGUAAUAGAUUUAAUAUUGUUUUAUACUAUAAAGUUAUGGAAAUGCCAAAUUUGUUUAUUUAAUUGUUUUCUUAUGUUUUGGGUGUAAUAGUCCUUUUUGGGUUUUGUUUUCUAAGGCAGGUCUGUCAUUUUUGAAUACUGUAAAACUGUGACAAACUUUAUAUUGAAGUUGUAUUUUAAUAUGACCGCUUUGAAUCCUUACAUGAAAAUGUUCUGGGAGUUGUUAUAAACACAUCCCAAAGAAGCAAUAUUUAAUAAAACUAGGUUAAAAAAAAAAACACAAAACAGUGACACUCACUUGUGUGUAUAUCAGCUCUAUAGACUUCUCAGGGCCUCCCUUCAUGUUUAACCUGGUGGGGAGCACUAAUUAAUUUCUGCUAUCUAAUUUCUUAUGUCUAAUUUCAGUAGUAAUUAAUUUCUGCUGUCUGAUUUCUUAUGUCUGAUUUCAGUAGUAUGCAUCUGAAAUUUGACCAAAAACAUAUGCUUCUUUGUUUCAAGGUUAAUUAAUUUUCUUGAAACAUUCAUGACUUGACUGGUGGUGAACAUUUAGCACCUUGGUUCUUUCAAUAUAGGAUUUGGGUAAUCAAGAAAGAACCCAGUCUUUGAGAAGAGAUAGUGAGUAGUUCAUAUUGAUCAAGGAUCCCAAGUACUUCGAUCAUUCUCAUCUAUUGAGGAUGCAGGAACUUUUCUGUUAGACAAAUUCAGUUUACAAGAUACUUAUGCAUACAGCAUUAAAUAGGAAUCAGAGAACUUGAACGUUCUACCCCUGCAUGAAAUUUCUGUGAUGUCUUUUUAUCUUGAUUAACUUCUCCCCUUUACCUUCCCCACCAAAAUUGGGGUUCUAAACAGUCGCGACUUAAUUCAUUGUCAACAAAACCAUAAAAUGUUUUGCUUGGAAGAAACCCAGGACAAUCCUCUUACUUUGAAGAAUCCAAGAUCCAGUGCCUGUCCAGGGCCAAAUGAAGUCCCUGAUACCGACACAUCUCAGCAGUUUCUUUUUGGAGCACUGUGCUGUCUCUCCCUGUCAGAGACUUUUUUACGCUUCAAAGAAUAUGAUCGGAAGCAAAGAUCUUCUGGUGACUUGAUGUUAUUUGGGAAAGCUUUUAAAAUGGUAAUAUUAUACUGAGUUACCUGGUCACUGUAAUAUUGGUUUUCCAGUAAAUUUUAGAUGCUUUGUCUAAUUCCAUUGUAAGAUGAUUUGAGCUUCUGUAACUUCGCACUGCCAAAUUCUAGUUUCAGAUAUUUCACUGGAACUAUUAGCGUAUUGGUUCUCAACUUUGCUUGAUUCUCCAUCCAUUUCCAGUCAGGGUUGAGGCCUUCUUUGCCGUUCUUCUAUGUCUUAUUUCUGCCUUCAUCUCCUGCUUCUCGCCCAACUCUGCCACCAUUCAGGAGCAUAUGACUAAACUUUUAUCCUUUCUUUAACUUACAUUUAUCCUUCUGUUUCAGUUCUCCUUACAAUGGUAACCAUUAACAAUUCGGCAAUCUAAGAAGUCUUUUAUCAAGGGUCAGCCCUUUUCUAUUUGGAGCUGAAUCCUUUCUUUCAUGUAGGAAUCCCCAUGUAUAUACAAGAAAUGUAUUUUUAUCUGCAGUAUAAUGUCUCAUAUUUUAUUAAUAGAGUAAACUUUUCAAGUAUUGUCUCUUUUAAGUACAGUUUUGAAAUGUUAAUUGUAUUUUUAAACAUGGUGCAUUCAGUGGAUACUUUUUUCCUGAUCAACUCAUCUCUGAAUGCAUAAUAUAAAUCAAAAGAUAGGAAUCAGUGAAUAGUUUGUUUUUGAUGCUUAUUAAGAAUAAACCCAUGAAUAUGACUUUUAUGCUUGGUACUUGGAAUUGGUAUAUACUUUAUUAAAGCUUGAAAACACUAGCAUUCAAAUCUUAGGUUUCAUCACAAA